CGUCCGUAGGGCUCGUCUCCUCCCCGAGAAGCUGACCGUGUACACCACGCUGGUGGGCCUCCUCAACGCCAGGAACUAUAACUUUGGCGGCGAAUUUGUGGAGGCCAUGAUCCGGCAGUUGAAAGAGACUCUGAAGAACAAUCUCUACAAUGAGGCCGUUUACUUGGUCCGCUUUCUCUCUGACUUGGUCAACUGCCACGUGAUUGCCGCUCCAUCCAUGGUGGCCAUGUUUGAGAACUUUGUCAGCGUUACACAAGAGGAAGAUGUACCACAGGUUCGGUCGGAUUGGUUUGUGUACGUGGUGCUGUCCUGCCUGCCGUGGGUGGGCAAGGAGCUCUAUGAGAAGAAGGAUGUGGAAAUGGACAGACUCCUCAGCCAGAUUGAAGGCUACCUCAAGUAGGACUUGAUGUCAACAAAACACGUGUCACCCUUUUGCAAAAUCACACUUUUUUUUCUUAACAUGUUACGGCCUAUUUUCCAGAAUAGGAAAAUCUGACUCCCCUAUUUUCUGCGCGAUAAAACACUUCGGAGUAUAAGGCACACCAUCACUGAAUGGCUAUUUUAAAACUGUUUUCAUACAUAGGGCACACUGCCUUAUAAGGCACAUUGAAUAAAAGCUAUAGAAUAAUGGCUGCGGUUGCACUAUGCAUCAACUAGAUAGAGCUACGCUAAAGGCAAUACAAUACUGUACAAUACAAUCCAGCUUUAUUUAUUUAGAGCCUUCACAACCGAUGCAGCUGUAACAGCCAUUAGAACUGGUCAAAAACACAGACACGAAACAUAUAAGUACAAAUGGCAUUACAAAAC